UGUCUGUAAAUAUUAUACAGGGAAGUAUUUCGCUCUCAUUUCUCUAUAUUACUUGUGGAGCUGGUUAACAACUUGUUAAACAACAAGAAGCGCACCCGUCUGCGUCUCCACCUGUCUGUGGCCGCUCGUGCCUGAGUAAUCAUGAUCAUGUGUACCUGUGUCUCCCUGUCUCUAUGGCCACACUGUGCUCGCUGAGUCUCUACUCCGUCGAGAUUCUCUCGAAUGUGCCAUGAGUCCCCAGCGUAUAACACAGAACUGUCGAACCGACAGGCGUUCACGCGACUCUCCGUUCAGCGAGAGGGCGCAAGGGGGCGUGGCUCACUGCCGCGUUUAUCCGUCUUUCUUGUAUUUAAUCAAUCUCCGAGUCAACGAGCGGCUCGCUUUCACUAUCUGCAUCGAUUGCUCUGGCCUUGCGUCUCCCUCAUUGAGGAACUGCUGCCGUCUGUCAACAGGCAGAGUAUCCGAUACGCCGCGCGCACGCUCACGCAUGGGCGGUGUGUGUUUAUACCAGUCACUCGCACACAGAUAUACACACAGUGCCCACGCGUCGAGGGUCGUCUCAGUGGGUGACAUUAAUAGCGGAGACACGGUUCAGUGGACCAGCAAGGCGUCCGUGGGUGAGCGGGCUGACGGCAAAUCGGUGCUGAAUGAGACGGCUGCGGUGGCGGGGCGGCCGGUCGGACGCGUCCCGCUAGCUGCGCGCGGACACUCGGGUCCGGAUCCUACGCGGAUAGUGACCGGAGCGGCGGACGAGUAUCGGCGGUCGGGAGCCAGUGAAAGGGUUCGGCGAUUAACCCACCCAGUGGGCGAGUCUCCCUCCGCGGAGACAGCCGUGUGAAACGGGUGCUUAAGGACUAUGACACCGGAGACGGCGUGACCCAGUGCGCGCGCUGAAGUGGGGGAAGGUUGAAUGGCACUGAAGAUUCAAGGUUUUGAAGUGUCUGGAGCACUGCAAUGACCAGUCGGAGCAGUAGCCAUGCGGAGAGAUUGGGUCCCACCUCCUUGCGGCCAACUGCUACACCGAAGCUACAGGUCCAGCGCUCAGUGUCAAAGGAAACAAUCACUAUUCACUUCUCUGCACUUGGCAAGGAGGAAGAGGAGGAAGAAGAGGAGUUAUAUGGUCCUUCUGUGCUCGCCUCCUCUGCCCUGGGAAUGGAACAUGAGGACCAAAGUGUGGUAACAGCACUGGAGGCAAGUGAGGACCUUCAGUUUGAAGGAGGCCUUGAACCAGUAGCAUCCUCUGAGAUUGCUGUGCUGCCUGUGUCCUCCACCACCCUUCCCCCUGUCUCCAUCCCCCAGGCAUCAGUCCCCCAUACCCAAAGCUCAGCCCUGUCCAUCCUGCCUUCCUCCCUCCACACAGCCUCUAGCUCCAGCACAACCAGCUCUUCUUGGCCCUCAGGGCAAAAGAUUCCAGGCUGCCCUCCUGCUCCCUCUUCUGCUUCCUCUAGCUCCUCUCCAUACAAGUCAGUUGCUCUGCCUUCAAUUGACAAGCCCUUCAUGAGUUUAGUGAAGUCCCUGUCCACAGAGGCGGAACCACGGGAAGGCUUGGUGACACCUCCCUCGAUCCGCCAUCGUCAUCUGAUGAAGAACCUUGUAAAGUCCCUCUCCACAGACACCUCCAGACAAGAUCAGGAUUCUGGGUCUCACCGCCUGCCCGACUCCCGGCUCAACCUUCACCUGUUCAAGCAGUUCACCCAGCCUCGUGUCUCGGUGACUAGCGACUCCAAAACUGCCCCAUCUUCCCCACUCACCUCUCCUGACAGCCGCUCUUUUUUCAAGGUGGCUGAGGUGGAGGCGCGAAUUGAGGACACAAAACGGCGGCUCUCCGAAGUCAUCUAUGAACCCCUACAGCUGCUCAGUAAAAUCAUAGGGGAUGAGAGCAGUGGGGGUGGAGGAGGCCACCGGCACAAAGCACUAUCAUCCAGCGCCUCAGAGCUCUCAAACCUGGCCAGCCUCAACGGCCACCUGGAGAGCAACAACAACUACAGCAUCAAAGAGGAGGAAUGUGACUCGGAGGGAGAGUGCCUUCCAGAGGCUGAGGUCGAUGUUGCGGAGACCCGCAGCCCCAAGGCCUCCUCACUGGCACUGGACAAGUGCUCCAUGUCAGCCUUGGCCCGGCAGGAGGACGAGGAGUUCUGUGAGCUCUAUAGCGAGGACUUUGAGACCAACACAGACACAGAGGCAGAGGCCGACGUACCAGGUGAAGUAGCACGCAGAGCUCGUCCAGUCCAGGGGACAGAAGCGGACAUCUUAAGUGAUGAUGAGGCUGAUGUGGAGGAGCCGGCACCCACCGUGCCCUAUGCCUUCCUGCUUGCCCUCACUGCCCUCAUCUACAGCUACUUUGUCCUGCCUCUUCCUUCCUAUCUGGGUGGGUUGCUGUUCGGGGCAGCAGUCGGGUUCAUGCUGGCUAUCGGUAUAGUGUGGCUGUCGGCCCCUGGGAGAGUGAGCUAUGGCUCUGAGCGCAGUCGGAGAAAGGCCGAGCGCUGGAAGGCAGCACGUUUGGACAUCAAGGAGCCAGGUGUGUUUAAGGGCUGGAUGAAUGAGAUCCACAGCUAUGACCCAGAGACAUACCAUGCCACACUCACUCACUCAGUAUUUGUGCGCCUGGAUGGAUCAACUCUGCGGCUGUCCAAGCCCAACCGCAACAUCUCCCGCCGAGCCAUGUUCAACGAGCCCAAGCCUGAUGUCACUUAUGUCAGCCAGAAGAUCUAUGACCUGACUGACAGCAAGAUAUACCUGGUGCCUCCAAGCCUAGCAAGAAAGAGAGUCUGGAACAAGAAGUACCCAAUCUGCAUUGAGCUGGGAAAGCAGGAGGACUUCAUGUCCAAGGCUGAGGCAGACAAGGGGGUCACUGGAGAUGAGGAUGGCAGUGGAGGAGGCGAAGAGAUAAAGAGGCCACCUGGAACACAGGAAAGCAUGAGAUUAUCAGCCCACAAGGAGCAGACUCUCUUCCUGUUUGGGAGGACAGGCAGGGAGAAGGAGGAAUGGUUCAGGAGAAUCCUCUUGGCAUCCAAACUGAAAUCGGAGACCAAGAAGCCGACCAGCAUUACAGGGAACAAGAGUGCCGUGUUGCCCACUCAUAGCCGCAGCAGCAGCCGAGGCAGUUUGGACGAGCUAUUGGCAUCCCAGCCCCGGCAGAGGGAGCUCACCAGCGGAGUGCGUCACAAGGUGCUCUUGGACUACGCAGUCUACAUGGCCCAGUAUGUGCCCACCCAGGGAGGCAGCCCAGCUGGCAGCCCCGUGCACAGUACAGAGAGCAGCCCCGGAGCAGGCAAGAAGCUGCCCAGUUGUCCAGGGCCAGAGCAGGAACCUGUGUCCUGGGUGAAUGCUUUGGUGGGCCGCAUCUUCUGGGACUUUCUGGGGGAGAAGUAUUGGGCUGACAUGGUGUCCAAGAAGAUACAAAUGAAGCUCAGCAAGAUCAGGCUGCCAUAUUUCAUGAACGAGCUGACCUUGACGGAGCUGGAUAUGGGAGUGGCCAUUCCCAAGAUCUUGCAGGCAUCCAAGCCAUCGGUGGACCAUCAAGGCCUGUGGUUUGACCUGGAGAUCUCCUACAAUGGCUCUUUCCUCAUGACGCUGGAGACCAAGAUGAACCUAGCACGGCUGGGGAAGGAGGGAGAGGGGUUGCGACCUGGCGAGCCAGGCAAGGAAGGACACAGACCCCGGAUGUACUGUCUUGCUGAUAGCGAUGAAGAAUCCUCCAGCGCCGGGUCGUCCGAUGAAGAGGAUCCACCGGAGAUGAGCACAGAUAAGAACCUGCCCCCUGGGGCUGAAGGGUUCGUGGGGGGACACAAACCCAGUAAGAUCAUGCGCUUUGUGGACAAGAUCACCAAGUCCAAGUACUUCCAAAAGGCCACAGAGACAGAGUUCAUCAAGAAGAAGAUGGAGGAGGUGUCCAACACGCCACUUCUGCUGACUGUCGAGGUGCAGGAGUGCCGAGGGACACUGGCUGUUAACAUCCCCCCGCCUCCCACCGACAGGAUAUGGUAUGGCUUCAGGAGCCCCCCUCGCCUGGAACUGAAAGCACGACCAAAACUGGGUGAAAGGGAGGUCACCCUGGCACAUGUGACAGAUUGGAUUGAGAAGAAAUUGGACCAGGAGUUCCAGAAAAUAUUUGUCAUGCCAAACAUGGAUGAUGUUUGGCUCCCGAUCAUGCAUUCUGCCAUGGAUACCCGCUCAAAUAUCACCCCUGUUGCAGUGACAACAGAGGUCACAAAGGACCCAGACUCAGUGGAGGCGGAGGCAGAUCCACACCCCACCAGUGACAUGUGAAGUCUGCCUGUUUACAGUAUUAGGCUGGGGUUGGGGAGAGUCUGUACUGGUUGAUGUGACUGGUGAUCUCCCACACCUGUCCUCAAACCACCCUUUCCCAAAAACACUGGUGCCACAUUCCAGAAGGUGGGAUCUUGCUGUGAGGACAUGAGGACAGGAGGCCACAUGCUUCUGACCUCCCAGCCACCUCUCAAGUUCCCUCUGAAGGAUUGAGACCAAGCUGACUAAGCUGAUCCAGCUUUGAAGUGGAGAACAUGAAAUUGCUUGCUGCUCAGUAUGCUUUGAUACAGGAAGAAAAGACUUAAAAAUAUUUAUUGUUGUGUUUGCUUCCUGCAGAUGAAAAUGUCAAGAGAAUGGGGGAAUAUACGAACAGUUCAAUGACUGGUGGGGGGGUGGGGUGAAAUGUAGAACGCCGUUCACCUAAAACACCUCAUUAAUGCAUUCACCUGUCACCUUACGCCUUGAAUGAAGCUGAGGGGCACACAGCUGUGUUUACCCUAUAAGAAAAGAAGACAGAGAACGGUAUGUGAAGUCAGCAAGAAAACAUGAAGGUCUGCUCAUGAACAGUCGAAUGACCACCCAGCAAAACUGGGGAAUUACAGGUACAGUCAUCAGCCGCCUUGGACGGCACGUGAAAUGGUAUUAACAAAACAGGCAGGGAAGGGUCCCCUGUUGGAUCUGCAGUUUUUGUGCCUGUGCUUUGAACACUUAAUACAUAGAAUAAAAGAGCCACACACUAAACACCUGACAAGUGUGUGCAUGGGAUUUUCUGUGUGUGUGUGUGUGUGUGUGUGUGUGUGUGUGUGUGUGUGUGUGUGUGUGUUUAUGCCUAGUCCUUUGCCAUACAUUCUAGCAUCUUAAAGUACCC